UGGCAGGCCAGCCGGGCCGUGAGCGCGGUGGGAACGGGCUUCCCAAAAAGCCAGCCCCAGGCCGGAGUCAGCAUAGAAUGAAGGGGACGGCCCUAAUGUUGUGUUGGCAAAGCUCACUUCUUGGGUUGCGGGCGGAGAAGAGCGGACGUGGGGACUCGGGUCGGGGCGCAGCGUAACUAAGAGAGCCUUUCCAUUUAGGGCGAGACAAAAUGGGCGGGCACGAGCGGUCUGGUGUCCAAGCCAAUUGGUCAGACGACGACUACUUCACUUAUUAGAUUAGUAUUAGCCCGGAAUGAAAUGAGAUAAAAAAAUAGAAAGAACGCGAAGCGCUAUAGGAUCGGUUUUUUUGGGGGGAUAAGCUCGCUUCUUCACAAGCUUAUCCCCGCCCCGACCGGCAGCUGCUGGGUCUCCCCAUCUCUCCAAACCUUCCCCCGGUCUUCGGCCCGAGCUGUAUGAGGCAGAAACUCGUCCCACGUACGGUUCGGAGGCCGAGCCCCACCCCAGCAGUAAUGGUGCGGCUUAGGUCAACUAACACAAAGAAGAUACAGUUCACUCAACGAUUGCCUUUGGGUUCCGAACUCCAUAUGGGGAAGGAGCGUUGUUGUUUGCGAGGUCUCGAUCAUUUACAUGGACCCACUUCUCAUUCCAUUUGUGGGAAUUUUAUGAUCUAUAAACCGUCCCUAACGAUCGAUCGGCUCAUGUUUGAGCGUGAUGAAUCACAAUCACUUCGUGCCGACCUGUUGCUAAAAAACUUUCCGGCCUCAUAUGAGAAUGGAAAACUGGAGCAUUUUCUGUAUUGGUGGAUGAAGAAUCGCAAACAUAAUAAUUUCUGGUUAACCAUGUUCCCAGAAAAAAGAUACUUUCGAGAAACGACGAGCACGACUGAAGUGGCUAUACAUACAAAUCUAUUUACGGAUCUAUAUGCUUCGAUUGGAACUGGAAGUUCCAGAACAGGAGGCUGGUAUACCACCAUAAUGAAACUGCCUUUUAUUUUUUUUAUUCGGAUAGGAUUUAUGUUGGCUUCGUUGGGAGGCUCGCGUAGUUUGUUACGUCAGCUCCAAAAGGAUAAGUUGCGUUGGAAUCGAGAAAGUUCCGUAGAGUUCAUAAUUGCAUAAAAGGAGUCAAAGUAGUGGCUGCGGCGCGUCGCGGCACUUCUUUGAUGGUCCCCGUCCGCCCGCCCCGCUCUGAAGAAUUC